AUGUCUGCCGUGGCUCCCACUAUCCCCGGGGCUGACCCAGCAAAGGAUAUACAAAAGCGCCGUGCUGGCAGUAUUGGAUCCGAUGAAGACGACGCAAGUGGCGGGAAAUAUACAAGGAUGGAGGAGGAUAAUAUUCAAGAGAAGGAGAGGUUUGCAAGCCGCGAAAAUCACUGCGAGAUCGAGCGUCGCAGACGAAACAAGAUGACAGCGUACAUCACGGAACUGUCUGAUAUGGUUCCAACAUGCUCCGCUCUGGCGCGCAAGCCCGACAAGCUCACUAUCUUGAGAAUGGCUGUGGCGCACAUGAAAGCCUUGAGAGGAACAGGCAAUACUUCUUCCGAUGGUACAUACAAACCAUCAUUCCUGACUGAUCAAGAAUUAAAGCAUCUAAUCCUUGAAGCGGCUGACGGAUUCCUGUUCGUCGUCAGUUGCGACACUGGACGUGUAAUUUAUGUUAGUGACAGCAUAGCUCCAGUUCUUAACUACACACAGGCGGAAUGGUAUUCGUCAUGUUUAUACGACCAAGUACACCCAGACGACCUUGAAAAGGUUCGAGAGCAAUUGAGUACACAGGAGCCUCAGAACACAGGUCGCAUUCUUGAUCUCAAGACAGGAACUGUGAAGAAAGAGGGCCAUCAGUCUUCCAUGCGUCAAGUGAUGGGGUCAAGGCGUGGUUUUAUCUGCCGCAUGCGUGUUGGUGGUUCUGCUGAAGGCGCGCACCUCGGUCGUCUGCGCGCUCGCAACUCCCUCGGUCCCUCUCACGACGGACACAACUAUGCUGUAGUACACUGCACAGGAUACAUUAAAAACUGGCCACCCACAGACCUGUUUCCAGGUAUGCAGAUGGAUCGUCCGGUCGAAGACGAGCUUCACGCGUCACAUUGUUGCCUGGUCGCUAUUGGUCGCUUGCAGGUGACGUCAACUCCUAACAACUCUGAGAACAGCUUGUGCAGUGGUGGAGUGGAGUUUGUGUCGCGGCAUUCGGUAGACGGGCGGUUCACGUUCGCAGAUCAGCGCGCCACACAGGUGGUGGGUUAUGCGCCAGCAGACCUCCUCGGCAAGCUCUGUUACGAGUUCUAUCAUCCUGAGGACCAGCAGCAUAUGAGAGACAAUUUUGAUCAAGUGUUGAAAUUGAAAGGCCAAAUCAUCUCUUUGAUGUACCGGUUUCGAACUAAAAACAGAGAGUGGAUCUGGCUCCGAACCUCCGCCUUCGCCUUCCUGAAUCCAUACAAUGACGAUGUGGAGUACAUUGUAUGCACAAAUACUUUGGCCAAUCGAUCGUUAGGCAAUACUACUGGGGAGCCGGCACCCGAAGAAAACUACGACUACCAUCUACGUCAUCGAGACGUAUAUCAAGCUGCCCAACCGCCCCUUCACCAACAGCAUCACGCACCGCCUGAUGGUAUGUGUGUUGCAGUGAGCCACGCACGCUCGCCAAGCGAGUCCGUGGGUGCUGUUCCGGCGGCGGCAGUGGGCCCUGCGGCGCCGCCUUACGCCCCGCACUACGCACCUGACUACUCACCACAUCGACCUGCCAACACUCCACCGCAUACUACAUGGACUACACUACGCCCCGGUGGUACGAGUAACGAGACAUAUGCGUAUAGCGGUGACAGCAGCGCGACGACAGGUCCGCCGGCGGACGGUAGUCCCGCGCGAUCACCACCGGCACCCGCUUAUCUGCCGCCUACCGCACAUUAUCACCAUCCGCAUCCUACACACGGCAUGUGGACGUGGCAAGGCGGCGCAGGCGGUGCGGCACCGGCGCCGGAUGGUGGCCACGCACCACACGAGCUCUCCGACAUGCUGCAGAUCCUGGAUCAGAGCGGCGGCGCCACCUUCGAGGACCUGAACAUAAAUAUGUUCAACUCCAACUUCGAAUAGUUAUAAAUGUAAACAAUGUACUUAGCC